AUGCUCCUCGUCUUGGUCGUCACGGCUGCCUUCAGCCUGCUGCCAGGUGGGACAGCUCAGUACUCUGAGCAGUUUGACUUCAGCGCAUGCUCAAUCACGGUCCUGGGACAGACAUUCACCACAGCAUACGUGAACAUCUCUAGUGGAACCGUUGAUGUCUGUUUUGACGACUACAACGGUGACGUCUGUUUGAGAUUUUCUAUUACCUUAGCAAGGACGGCAAGCAGUUCCACCAGAAACGGAAACCAGAAUCCAGGGUCUGUUUACCACCAGAACAUACCAUCGCUGACAGGACGCUCCACCUGCCUUUCCACGCUGAACAUUCUUAGUCAAUCAGGGACAACCAUUUAUAAUCUUCACUUCCGCGCAUUUGGUGAGCAAGGAGUGCUGCAAGCUGCCACACAAGGAAGUGGACUGGACCUCACAGUUCUCCUCAACGGGGAAGAGAUCAGACAAGUCACAUCGCCGUCCUCGAAGAUCUUCACGGAAAUCAGCGGCUGCCAACACAAAGGGAAAUAUUUCUUUCCUGACACGAGCGGCUGCGACUUGGAAGCGCUAACUAACAGGAGCGACUCUUCUAGCUGUGUGAGAGACAUCAAGGUGUGCACAGUGACCGCCUCCAACGUGGUUUCCUUUGACGCCAACUACUCUGUCUCGGUGGACGACCGCUGUGCCUACACACUCUUCUCGGAAUCAAAUGUGCAGGUGGUGGGUGUGUUCAAGGAACGCCGUCGUAAAGACGUCAUGUUCUUGGACCACGUGAUCAUCCACCUGACAGAUUUGGACAAUAUCAUUCAACUGGGACCAGCAGAUCGAGUGAAGAUCAAUGACACCGAGCUGAACUUGAUGGUUUCAGAGGAGACACAUGGCGGCGUGGAGUUCCGCAAGAACGACACCGGUGUCACCGCUGUCAUGUCGUACGGCGCCAACUACACCACAUCGGUUUUCUUUAAUGGCAACACCGCCCAGGUCGACAUGACAUAUGUGUGGAUGUUAGCAGAGAACUUUCCUGUUUCCCGCGACACCCCCGAGGGUUUGUGCGGCAACUCCAGCUUGACUUUAAGUGAUGUGAAGUCGUCGUUUUUCAGCUCCGAGGGCUGUGAGAUGCAGUACAGCGAGCCAGCAGAUGAGUCCAUCAACUGCACGGCAGUGACUGAACAAUGUCAGGUCCUGAACAACGGUGACUUCACCGACUGUCAUGCUGACAUCGACCCAAAGGCGUACAUCAGCGCCUGCAACCACACACUGUGUCAUUAUCCAGAUGUGGAUGGCCUCAGAUGUGAGUUUUUGGAGGCCUACGUUCAUGCCUGCAGCCUAAAGAACCACACGUUGGAUGGUUGGAGAACAGAGGCCAAGUGCUCCGACCCUCAAACCUUCUGUCAGGACACUCGCUGUGUGGAUCAUGAAUUCUGUGCCGAUGGCGUCAACGGUGGAGUCAGCUGUUUCUGUCGGGCCAUUUUUGCCUCCAAUCAGACUUUAGAUGUGCUCCCGGUCUGCGGGGAGAACUUGGCCUCUGUCACCCUGGUGGGUUGUCUCCUGGAGGAGCGGGGCGUGGACUACAGGCAAAUUCACCUCAACAAUGACUCGUGCACUGGCCAGGUGAACGAUUCCAACCACAUGGUGACCUUCAGCUUCGGCAGUCAAGAUCCCUGCGGCCUCCUGGUGAUGGCCAACGCCAGCCAUGUGCUCUACAAGAACACACUGGUCAAUGCCUCGGGUGUCCCUGAACCGUUCCAAAUGGAGCUGUCCUGCUUCCAGAGCCAACCGGAGCUCAUGAGCAUGACCUUCCAGAUGCAAGACAAUUCAGUGGUGCAGCAGAUGGUGUCUGGGUCUUGGAACUACACGCUGAACAUGACCGCCUACAUGGACUCAGCACACAAACAUCCGGUGCGGCCUAACAUGGCCAUCCAGCUGAACCAGAGCAUCUAUGUGGAGAUGAUAACGGAGGGCUUGGACGGCAACCUGGUCUCCUUGUUGACCAACUCCUGCUGGGCCACCAGUGGGCCAUCGCCCGAUGAGGGUCUGAGAUACGACCUGAUCUCUGAUGGCUGUUCCCAGUCUAGCCAUCUGGUCAAGGUGGGAAAUAACGGACAGAGAACAUCAAGCGACUUCCGCUUCCAGAUGUUCCACUUUGUUAAAAGCGCCUAUGAAAUCUACCUGCACUGCCAAGUUGAACUGUGUCCCAACCAGAACGGAGACUGCCAGCCGAGUUGUGGUGGUUCUACGAAGAGAAGACGACGCAGGUCUGCCAGGUCUGAAUAUGUUGAUGAAAGCCCCGCCCUCAUCAGCAUGUCCUGGACCAAUCGGGAUGUUUCCGUGGCGACUUAAAGAGGGUGAACCUUCAGAGUGACUCCAGACACACUCCUGAUGGGAAAGUCUUUUACAAGUUCAGUUAGCUUAGCUACGACUGUGCACUUGCUAAUACUGUAUGUUGUUGUAGCAUGGUGUUGGG